UCUUUUUCCACCCACCCUCACGGUGAUACCAUGUCUGCGAAGAAAAACGACGACCGAAAGUCAAUCGUCAUUCUCGGCGGUGGCGCGGCAGGAAUCAACACCGCCCGCCCACUCUCCGCCAAACUCGAUGCGUCAAAAUACGCGCUGACGCUCAUUGACCCACGGCCAUUCCGUGUGCUGCUGCCAGCCACGCUCAGGAUGGUGGUCUCCGACAAGUACAACCUGGCGUCAACAGAGUCUGCCCUGGUGCCAUACGACAAGCUGUUUCAUGGCGGCAAAGGCACCUUCAUCCAGGACUCUGUCCAGAGCAUCACACAGCAAAUUGGAGAGAGUUCCGGCUUCUUAACUCUUGCGAGUGGACAGACGGUGCCGUAUGAUAUACUCGUGUUGGCGACCGGGCUGGCGUGGUCAUACCCCAUCGCAUUUCCCGACUCUCUCGGAGACGUGCAGGAGUACGUGAAGAGCCGCCAGGACGAGUUCGCCGGCGCCGAAAAUUACCUUCUCGUUGGUGGAGGCGCGAUUGGUUGCGAACUCGCGGGUGAGCUUAAAGACAUCUGGCCAGCUAAAGACGUGACGAUCGUCCAUGGCCAGCGCCUCUUGCUUAACGACUCUUACAGCGAGCGUUACCGCAGGCGUGUCGCGAACGACCUCGCCAAACGGGGCGUCAACCUGCAACUCAACGAACUUGUCCCCAUCGACAACAUUACCGCCGACUCUGUCACAACCCAAAACGGACUCAAAAUUGCGGCCGGCCUUGUGGUAAAGACCACGGGUGCCUCAGGGCCGAAUACCGCAUACAUUCAAUCUCUCGGGAGCGGGGUUCUAACUCCCGCUGGCUUUGUCAAGGUCCAGCCCACGCUGCAGCUGCUCGACUUCCCGAAUGUCUUUGCGGCAGGCGAUAUCGUUGAAUGGCCGGAACAGAAGCAGGCGAUUAAAGCACAAGACCAUGCCGCACUCGUCGCGAAGAACGUGCUCUUGUUUGUUAACAGCAAACAACUAAAGAACUACAAGACCGCGUUUGAAGCCAUCGUCCUCACCAACGGCAGGGCCAGCGGCUCUUCUUAUUUCGGAGUUCUUUGGGGCAUUAUAAUCGGUGGCUGGCUGACAGCCUUGAUUAAGUCCAAAAACCUCCUGAUACCCAGGUUCCGCAGUGAUUCGGGUUUAGCUUAG